GCCGUCGCAGUCAGCUUUGGUGGGGACAUCAGUGGGCGCGAGGGAAGGCGGGGCCAGCAUGGCCAACGCGACCAGCAGGCGGUGAAGGCUAGGAACGAGGCCAUUCACUCUGGUGUCGUUGCUGUCGCAGCCACUCCUGCAGUGGCCUCGAGCCCUGCAGAUGCUGACGAGGAGCUGAGGGCUCCAGCACCAGCACCUCCAGCGACACUCGUCUCUGCCAACACGCUAACACCACCACCGGGUGUCGACCUGCUUGCAUUUUCAGGGAGCCAUCUAGGAGGCUUUGAGGGCUUCGUGCCCGCGCCCGUGCCGCUACAAGCCUCGUCCAUCGCAAAGGCAGCCGUGCCACCCGCUGAGUCACCCGAGCCAAAACACAAGAACGCAAGACACGCAAAGAAGCAAGUGCAGCACCGUAUCUCCUCCUCGACAUUAGCCAUGCUGUUGGUGGGCAGCGGUUGUUUGGGCUUCCUGGUCGUCUCGCGCCAAGCGAAGGUCUUGCUAAACAAGCCUCGAGGCGACUUCCGGGAGGAGGUGGCGAAGGCCCUCAGCCGUUCCAGCCAGGCUCGCUCCAGCCAGGACAUCCCAAGGGAAGAGCUCCUGGAAGCUCACGAGGAGGCGUCACGGAGACAUGGCCAUCGUCCACUCGCUCAGGCGACGGCGAAGGCAGCCCCUGGAGCCUCAGAGCCGCCCCUCCCUGAGAGCGUUGAGAUCCCUGAACAACUCGAGCAGCUCGAGCAGCUCGAGCAUCUCGAGGGUGCUGAGGCAGAUGCGGCAGGUGGCGGCACUCGCAGCCGCAAGGCUUCAACGACUGCCUAA